AUGUGGCGAGAUAAUAGGCUGAAUUGCCAUGACGCUCUCUUCGUAUCUGGCCGUCGUCUCCCAUACGACCCCGAAUCUGAGCCACUCACUGUCUUUCCUACAGACCAGUUGACCCGACUCAAUCCAGUCUUAUUGGCGGAAAUCAACCAGAUUACUGAAGAGCUAGCUGUUCAGGUGGAGGCCAAUUCAAAUCCUCCAAGCAUUGACGUAAUGGAGACAUAUUAUACUUGCUUGGAUUCAGGAGAAUGGAACACCAGCUGCCAUUUGAAAAUGACUUUUUUGCAUCAGGUUUGUCCAACAACAGUAGCGAAAUUAAUUUAA